CGAUGUGUUUCUCCCGAAGCGAUCGCUGUUUAAAACAGUUCAUAUCUUCUGUCUGUUGGGGGAUUAUGAUCUAAUUAUGGUUUUUCUCUGAUGUUCUUAAGUUUUUGUUUUGGGGGACCGAUCUUUGAUUAUUUCAUGGGGAUUUCUUUGUUUAAGAAUGUUUCCUGUUUUUUAUUCAGCGGGUUCCUGUCGUUUCAGUGGUUUUUGUGACAUCUCUUUUGUUUUUCUAUUUCUUUCUAUGGUUCUUGAUCAUUCUAUGAUUUGUUAGGGUUUUACGGAGCUAAUCUCGUUUUGUGUAACGUUUUGUGGGGGGUUUUUAGAAGCAUUUUCUUGUAAUUUAGGGCAAUUUUACUGUUUUUCAUGUUUCAAGGGUUUCUUAGGGGAUUUCUAUAUUUGAUCUGCGUUUCUUAGGGUUUUUGAAGUGACUUUGGUAUUGCAGGGUAUUUUAGCUGGAUUUGAUGUUACUAGGGUUUUAUUAAGGUUUCUAGGGAAUGAUUUUUGAUUUUUGGUUUUCCUUUUAAAACUUAUAAGCGUCUCUGGCCUCUUUUAUAAUGAUUUCUGAAUACAGGAUCUCUCGCCUGCACGUCAAAUGUCUGUAAAUCUCAUCAGCAAAUAUUUCUGCCUCUCUCGUCUAAAACUGUGGUACCUAUAUCGCGAUCGGUUGUGGUGUUUGCACCUAUUUCGGCAUUGGACUUGACACCUGAUUAUUUCGGAGGAUUUAAAAGGGAUUUGUCUUGGGUUUCUGUGAUUAUUCUGGGCCCACACGAGCUGUGGGCGAUAUCUAUUUAGAAGACAGUUGGGUUUCAGAGCGUAUUAAGAAUUUCGGUUCUCAUUUAGUGUUUAAAGUAACUGCGCAGUUUUUCGACUAGCUGAUCUGUUUUUAUGGCGACAAUUUGCUCCUUCCCGGGUGUCAGGUUUCAUCCAACUGACGUUGAGCUGGUUAUGUACUACUUGAAAAGACAGAUCAAUGGAAGGCCACUUGUCAAAGUUAUUGCAGUGGUUGAGCUUUACAAGUUUGAGCCUUGGGAUCUUCAAGCACAAUCAUUGUUGCGAAGCAGAGACCUCGAGUGGUAUUUCUUUUGCCCUCGAGACAGGAAAUAUGCAAGUGGGUCGCGGAGAAAUCGUGCCACUGAAAAAGGAUUUUGGAAAACGACAGGGAAUGAUAAGGCUGUUUGUUACGACUCCAAAACUGUAGGGAUGAGAAAGACUUUGAUCUUCUAUGAAGGCAAGGCACCAAAAGGUACCAGAACUGAUUGGGUAAUGCACGAGUAUAGAAUUGAAGACAAGGGACUGGUUGAUGCAGGCUUUUCUCAGGAUGCAUACGUGAUUUGCAAAAUUUUCCAAAAGAGUGGCCGAGGCCCAAAAAAUGGUGAACAGCAUGGAGCACAAUUUAACGAGGCAGAUUGGGAGGAUGAUCUAGCAAAUGAUUCUUGCAUAUCCCUUCCUCUUGCUGACCCGUCCCUUGUGUCACAUGAGCCAGAAGUAAAUCAAAAUAUGGCCAUCGUGAGCACUCUCGACUCUCAAAAUGGAGACAACUCUUUAUUGGAGCAUUUGGCUCAAAACUCUGGAACUCCUGUUAUCAGCGAGGGGCAUCCUUCCUUGCUUGAGGAUGAUGAUACUGAAAAUUUUGAUAGUGAUAAACUGCUGUCACAACUUGACAAAGAUGGAGAUGCUUUAAUGUCAAAUGGAAGUGGUAUCAAUGAAGAGCUUGACUCAUCCAUUCCUCAUGAAAGUACUGACGAAGAUGUAGUCCAUCGUGGUUAUCAUGAGAUUUACGAGGGGUUAGUGGACAUCAUCGAUGACGGAUUUCUGGAGUUGAAGGAUCUACCUGAUCCUGAGAUGGACAACUCCCGAAGCAAUCCGGAACAGCAAGAAGCCAUAUGCUGCUUUACUUCUCCUUGUAUGGAGAAUGCAGAAGAAACAGCAGCCAUAUGUGUUCCUCAAUUCAUGGCAAGAGGUGAACAACACUUGAGCCUGGAGCAUAGCUCUAGUGCAUGCUUAUUGGAUUGUAUCCCUGGCGGUCCUGCCACAUCUGCAGAGUACCCAUAUCCUCUCGGGGAGGAGUACUUGAAGGAUGGUGUUCCUUGUGAUUGGAGCUCCAUUGGCAUCAAGGCUGAGGUGACUGUCAGUUGUGUAUGCAUCGACGGACCAAUCAAGGAAUCUUCCUUGCAUGUGCUGUCACUGCAAGCCAUUGAGGUGUCGGUGGUGGCAGCAGGUUCAUGUUUGUGGUUCUCUUGGGGAUGGUGUCAGUUCUGAUGUGGCUCUUUCUGUUUGGACUGGGUGCCAAACUGGGGAGGUAUGUAUGCAUGGAGGAUCCCGUCCUUUAUGGCCGGAGUAUUUACUAGAUAUCGAAUGUGUUUUGCUCCUCUUUGUUUGUUUAUGUGGCUUUAUGAACUAUGUAACUGAUUUACCAACUCUGUUACUAUAUUUUUAAUUUUUGGUCUACACAUCAGAUAUUGCUGUUCUAUUCAUUUUUAAAUGAAUGAUAAUCUUUAC